AUGUCAGCACCACAACCCACCACUUUUAGCCCAGCAUCCCCAACCAACUUCCACGCCCCCGCCGUCGGGCUGUCCUCUCCGGCGCCCGACACGGAGCCGCCCGGGAGUGCAGGCGGCGGAUCCACCGUCAUCGGCAGCAGCAGCAUCGAUCACCAAACACCCAUCGGGCUCGGCCUACAAAACACCGGCCUCCCCAAAACCGACAUAGAGCUAGCGAUAUGGGGCUCGCCAGCAGGCCUGCACAUGCGGCGGCCCAACGACGAGAACCUGGCCAUCUUCCAGCGGGCGGUAGGGAUCAACAGCAACAGCAACAGCAACAGGGACAGCAGCAGCGGCAGCAACAGCAACAACAGAAACAGAAACAGUAACAACAGACCAGCACCGCCAACAACAGACGCAGCGUCGCUAGAAGCCGGGCAGCAGCACAUUGAAACCCCAGCAAUACCGGCAGCACCGGCAGCACCAGCAGCAGCACUAGAGAAGGGGUGCCGGCCGGGCAGCAUCUACGCGGCGGCGCGGGCCGAGAUAGUGAUUGGCGCGUCGCUGACGGCGUUGGGCCCGAGUGCAGGGAGUUACGUGCUUGCUAUCACGUUGCUCGGCGCUCUCAACACUGUUGUUGCGGGUUUACUGGCCUUGAUCAAGGGCCAGGGCCUACCGGACCGCUUGUAUCAUGAUCGUGCCGAGUUCAAGCGGGUUCAGGAUUGGAUCGAACAAACCGAGGCGCUACUGGCCGUCGGCGUCAUUGGCCGAGACCGGAAAGAGGUCGGCCUGCUGGUGCAGACGGCAUUUAAGAAGUACAAUGCAGCUAAGCAUUGUGAGGAGAGCAAUCUCCCCGAGAACUAUGUCCGUUUAUCAGAGCCCGCCCAAGCGGGGAGACCGGUCUCUCAGGGGUCACAGGGUCCCCCGGGUCAUCCAUUCCCGGAAUUCCCCUCCGGAGCUGGCGCCCUCCCUUCCCGCUCACUGCUUCUUAUUCGCCAGAAUCGCCAUGCAGUCGGUGAUGCCCUUGAUCUCGUUCUCCGAGAACCAGCUGCCGCCCCCGCCAUUCGUCAGGGCGUACCCGAAUCCGCCCUUGGGCACCUCGACGCCGUCGGCACCCUCGCCAAACAGAUACAGCGGGUCGACAGUGCCGAUGGUAAAGGAAAGGUAGUCACCUGCAUCCUCGCCGGUCGGUCUCCAGUAAAUCCACGAGCCGCAUUUGGAGCAGAUGACACGCUCGCCCCUGGAGCUGGAGCGGUAAAUCUUGAGGUUGUCAGUCGAGGAGGUGAACUUGAAGUGGACGCUAGCCGGAACGAUUGCGUGGCAACUGAAGAAGAGGCCACCGCCCUGCCUGCGGCAUUGGGUGCACUGGCAGUGGCUGGACUGCACAUAGGGUGCCAAGGGAAUGAGGAAGCCAUGAUGGCGAUGGCGGUGGACUUGUUUGAGUUGUGGUGUUUGGAGCGCUUGGAAAGAACUCUGAUGAAGAACUCUACGGAAUUGAGUCGGGUAUCGGAAGCAGCAAGAGGCAGGUAA